GGGAUGCCAGCUGACAGAGAAAACAUUAUUAAAGAGAAACUCAGUUGAUGAGGAGCUCACAGAAGCCUGAACACCGAGGAAGACAAGCAGCAACCAUUUUUAGGGAAUACCAAAACAGCAAUGGAACUUGGGGUGUUUCUCAUCAUGAUUUUCUCAGUAAUAGGCAGCCUGUGCUCUGUAACAAGCACAACCACAGAUCCUAAUAUGACAACCACAACUGAGGCUCCUACUACAGCAACAACUGCCGCUCCUACUACAACAACCACAGAUCCUUCUACAACCACAACUGUAGCUCCUACUCCAACAACCACACUUCCUGCUAUGACAACUACAACCACAGCUCCUACUACAACAACUGCAGCUCCCAGUACAACAACAACUGCAGCUCCUAGUACAACAACCACUGCAACUCCUAGUACAACAACAACUGAAGCUCCUAGUACAACAACCACUGCAACUCCUACUACGACAACCACUGCAGCUCCGACUACGACAACUGCAGCUCCUACUACGACAAUAACUGCAGUCCCUAGUGUAGCAACAUCUGCAGUCCCUAGUGUAGCAACAUCUGCAGCUCCUAGUACAACAACCACUGCAGAUCCUACUACGACAACAACCGCAGCUCCUACUACGACAACCACUGCAGCUCCUACUACGACAAUAACUGCAGUUCCUAGUGUAGCAACAUCUGCAGCUCCUAGUAUAACAACAACCGCAGCUCCUACUACGACAACAACUGUAGCUCCUAGUACAACUACUACAGCUCCUAGUACAACUACUACAGCUCCUAGUACAACAACCACUGCAGCUCCUACUACGACAACAACUGCAGCUCCUACUACGACAACCACUGCAACUCCUACUACGACAACCACUGCAGCUCCGACUACGACAACUGCAGCUCCUACUACGACAACAACUGUAGCUCCUAGUACAACAACUGCAGCUCCUAGUACAACAACAACUGUAGCUCCUACUACGACAAUAACUGCAGUUCCUAGUGUAGCAACAUCUGCAGCUCCUAGUACAACAACCACUGCAGCUCCUACUACGACAACAACCGCAGCUCCUAGUACAACAACUGCAGCUCCUAGUACAACAACGACUGUAGCUCCUACUACGACAAUAACUGCAGUUCCUAGUGUAGCAACAUCUGCAGUUCCUAGUGUAGCAACAUCUGCAGCUCCUAGUACAACAACCACUGCAGCUCCUACUACGACAACAACCGCAGCUCCUACUACGACAAUAACUGCAGUUCCUAGUGCAGCAACAUCUGCAGUUCCUAGUGUAGCAACAUCUGCAGCUCCUAGUACAACAACCACUGCAGCUCCUACUACGACAACAACCGCAGCUCCUACUACGACAAUAACUACAGUUCCUAGUGCAGCAACAUCUGCAGUUCCUAGUGUAGCAACAUCUGCAGCUCCUAGUACAACAACCACUGCAGCUCCUACUACGACAAUAACUGCAGUUCCUAGUGUAGUAACAUCUGCAGCUCCUAGUAUAACAACAACCGCAGCUCCUACUACGACAACAACUGUAGCUCCUAGUACAACUACUACAGCUCCUAGUACAACUACUACAGCUCCUAGUACAACAACCACUGCAGCUCCUAGUACAACAACCACUGCAGCUCCUACUACGACAACAACUGCAGCUCCUACUACGACAACAACUGCAGCUCCUAGUACAACAACCACUGCAACUCCUACUACGACAACCACUGCAGCUCCGACUACGACAACAACUGUAGCUCCUAGUACAACAACCACUGCAGCUCCUACUACGACAACAACCGCAGCUCCUACUACGACAACAACUGUAGCUCCUACUACAACAACAACUGUAGCUCCUACUACGACAAUAACUGCAGCUCCUAGUACAACAACCACUGCAACUCCUACUACGACAACCACUGCAGCUCCUACUACGACAACAACUGUUGCUCCUAGUACAACAACCACUGCAGCUCCUACUACGACAACAACCGCAGCUCCUACUACGACAACAACCGCAGCUCCUACUACGACAACAACUGUAGCUCCUACUACAACAACAACUGUAGCUCCUAGUACAACAACCACUGCAGCUCCUACUACGACAACAACCGCAGCUCCUACUACGACAACAACUGUAGCUCCUACUACAACAACAACUGUAGCUCCUACUACGACAAUAACUGCAGUUCCUAGUGUAGCAACAUCUGCAGCUCCUAGUAUAACAACAACCGCAGCUCCUACUACGACAACAACUGUAGCUCCUACUACAACAACAACUGUAGCUCCUACUACGACAAUAACUGCAGCUCCUAGUACAACAACCACUGCAACUCCUACUACGACAACCACUGCAGCUCCUACUACGACAACAACUGUAGCUCCUAGUACAACAACCACUGCAGAUCCUACUACGACAACAACCGCAGCUCCUACUACGACAACAACUGUAGCUCCUACUACAACAACAACUGUAGCUCCUACUACGACAAUAACUGCAGUUCCUAGUGUAGCAACAUCUGCAGCUCCUAGUAUAACAACAACCGCAGCUCCUACUACGACAACAACUGUAGCUCCUAGUACAACUACUACAGCUCCUAGUACAACUACUACAGCUCCUAGUACAACAACCACUGCAGCUCCUAGUACAACAACCACUGCAGCUCCUACUACGGCAACAACUGCAGCUCCUACUACGACAACAACUGCAGCUCCUAGUACAACAACUGCAGCUCCUAGUACAACAACAACUGCAGCUCCUACUACGACAAUAACUGCAGCUCCUAGUAUAACAACCACUGCAGCUCCUAGUACAACUACUACAGCUCCUAGUACAACUACUACAGCUCCUAAUACAACAACUACAGCUCCUAAUACAACAACUACAGCUCCUAAUACAACAACUACAGCUCCUAAUACAACAACAAUACAUUUAGCUAAUUUCACAACCACUACUAAGCUACCAAAAACUACACAAAUGAGCACUACAACUACAUCUGCCGGACAGUCAACCACAAAUAGUGGGUUUAGUUAUAGGUUUGUACUGAGGGUGAAAUUUUCCAUGACGACAGUCCAAACCGAAUCUGAGAUCUUGAAUCAGCUUCAUGAGUAUCUGAUCAGACAAGGGCUGCCAUUGGACUCUACACUGCGAUUGACAUUCAUUCAGAGCUAGUUGACGGGGUGAAGAGGAGAAGGACACCGGAGAGAAAACACAGACAGAACAGAAUGCAAAACUGAUCACUGAGAUAUUUUACACACAUAAUUUACAAUGGAUUAUUUUACAGAUUACACUCUUACCCCUUGACCUACGGUAACUGGACCUAAUGUACUAGUAACUAAAUACCUACCGUACCUUCAGAAAGUUCCCUUGACUUUUCCCCCAUUUUGUUGUGUUACAAAGUGAGAAGAAAAAAUCUAACAUUUGUAGAAAAUAUAUACAUGAUCAAUAAAACAGUAAUAUAUCUUGAUUAGAUAAGUUUUCAUCCUCCUGAGUUAACAUGUUACAGCUUUGUUGCAUUUGGUGCAUUUCUUAGAUCAAAAGUGCAAUUUUUUGAUACUACUUGUACAAAUUCCACAUCAUCUAGUCACUUGUGCACAUCAUUAAAGCAUUUUCUU